AUGUAUGAUUCAUUGUUACAAUUACCAGGAGAAAUCAUAGAUUUAAUAAUACUGAAACAAUUAAAAUCAGUAUGUAAUUAUUAUCAAGAUGAUCUUUCAAAUCUAUCAAAGUCUUGUAAAUCAUUAAAUCAAUAUAUUAAUUCGAAUUACUUAUACAAACAUAUAAUCAUAUAUGAUAAUGAUAAUUCAUCAAUCAAAAAAAAUAAAAAUAAAAAUAAAUCAAAUUGCGUUUUCAUUCACAUUAAUAAAUUAUACAUAUUUGCAAAUUCAUUAACUAUUGAAAAUUUCAUCAAUAUCAAAUCUAUUCAAAUUUAUUGUAAGUCAAAUUUUAAUUGCUAUGAUUAUUCACAUUUAUAUUCGAAAUUUAAUCAAUUUUGGAAAAUUGUACAACAUCCAAUUGAAUUUAUAAAUUUUGAUGUUGAAAAUAUUCGUAAAUUUCAGUCAAUUAAUCAAUAUCUUUUAAAUAUGGCACAUACUGAUGUAUUGGAUGAAAAUGAUGAAACUAGUGAUGUCACUAUUUAUAAUAAUAAGUUACUAAAUUUAAAAAAUUGGUCAAUUUUAAAUAUUCAAGAAUUGAUAAAUUUAUUACCAAAUGAUAAUGAUAAACUAGAAAUAUUAGAUUUCUUUAUUGAAACAUAUAAUAAUUAUAUACCGGCAAACCAUUAUUUAAAUUACGAAAAUUUAAAAGUUUUAAAUUUAAAUACCACCAUUUCAACUAAACUUUUCAAAAAUUUAUCAAUUAAUAUUCCAAAAUUACAAUCAUUAUCAUUAGUUUAUUCGCAUUCUUUUAUUGAAUUACCAUUGAAAUUCUCAGAUUUGGAAAACAAGAUUGAUUUCAAUUCUUUAAAGUAUUUACAACUUAAAUUAAAUUGUUUACAUCCCAAUUGUAAUUGCAUUAAUGAAUUUUAUGAAGAAUUAUCGAAAAAUAAACAAGAUUUUACAAAAUUACAAACCUUGUCAAUUGUAAACUUAAAUUCAAAAAACUCAACUAAUAAUAUACAACAAUAUCAAAACUUGAUAAACUUUCAAUUUGCUGGUUUAAUUGAAAAAUUUACAAAUUUGAAAAAAUUAUUUUUCAACAUUAAUGAAUAUUCAAGAAUUGAGGGAAUAAAUUUGAAUCAAUUUUUUAAUAAUAUUAAAUCUAUAAAAUUUUUGGACUCUUUAAUUGUUGUUGAUUAUUUCAAUUGGUUGCCUGAUAAUUAUAGAAAUGGUAUAAAUGGUUGUAAAUGUGGUGAUUGUGUAAAAAGCAGAUCUUUAUUUACUCAACUUUCCAAUUAUGAUGCAGGUAAUAAUUUUAAUCAUAAUUUCAAGAAUUUUCAAUAUGUUGAUGAACAAUCAUCAGAUAUUAUCAUAUUAAAUAAACACAAUCUUAAAUUUAUUUCAUUUUUAAUUGGUUUAUACAAAAAACAAUUUGAAAAUCAAAUUAUCUAUCCUAGUUUAAAAGAAUUUCAUAAGAUUAAUGAGUUUAAUGAAUUAAAAAGUUUAUUGAAACAUAAUUUUAUAGAUGGUAAGGAGGGUAUUGAUGGAGUUAAUGUUAAUUUGGGUGGGAUAGAGUUAUAG